UCCCCCUGCGCUCUGCCUCAGUAUCAGUCAGUCCAGGAUAACCAGGAGACGGCCGGAUGGUUAAAUCUAACCUACAGACGAUUUUGAAUAGUCACUGUUUUGUAAGAGAAAAAGAAAGAAAUUUACCCAAGAUGCCUGUUAUUGAGCAGUCCAGUAAUAACUCUGAAAGUAUCUCCAGUCCCAGGAGGUGCUCCUGCUGUUGCAGUAACCCGUGUCCAGGGCCUCUGUGGUGCUCCGAUGCCCCUCUCCCACCCCUGAAGAUCCCAGGUGGGCGAGGGAAUGACCAGCGGGAUCUCAAUCUUUCAGCUAAACUAUUUUACUCUGAUGCUCAGUUGUUGGUUCUUGAAGAGCCUCCCCCUGCAAACAGCAGAGUGCGUUUCUUGCUCUUUGAGCCCCGUCGCUCUGAAGGCAAGCAUUGUGCCUGGAGGGCUGUGCUGAAAGGAGCCAACCUGUAUGUUGAAAUUCCUCCAGGAGCUUUGCCAGAGGGCAGUAAAGACAGUUUUGCACUUUUGCUGGAAUUUGCAGAAGAACAGCUGCAGGCUGAUCACGUGUUCAUCUGUUUUCACAAGAGCCGUGAUGACAGAGCAUCCUUGCUGCGGACUUUCAGUUUCCUGGGCUUUGAGAUUGUUAGACCGGGUCAUCCUCUCGUCCCUUCUCGACCUGACGCUUUCUUCAUGGCUUACAGCAUCGAGCGAGACUCAUCUGACGAUGAUUAAAACGACGCUGAGCAGUUACAGAUGUUUGUUGUUCAUUUUCAUUCAUACCCACACACCUUUAUAAUUUUUGGAAAUAAAUAUUGUCCUUGUUCAGUGCAGUUGAGGUUUCCUGUCCAAAGUGUUUCUUCUUUUGCCUACCAUGUGCUGUGUUUCUAUAAGCUUUGCACUAAUAGCAGGAAGUGAGUGUCUGCAUAAUACCUGGGCAGAACCUCCUCACCACUACUUUUGUCCCCCCCGGCUUCUGAUCAUCUUUACAGUAUAUUUAUGAUCAAUUGAAAUCCUUACUGGUGUAAGUAGAUGUUGUCAUAUUAAUUAUCAGUUGAUUUUUCUGUUAAUAUUUUUUAAUGUUGCAUGAUUUUAAUUUGUUUUGAUUUAUUGCAUAGAAAUCUGCAUGUUGUAACUGUACUAAAUAAAAGUACUACCAUA